AUGGGUGCUCACAAGAAGCCUGCAAUGGCCAAACGCCAGAAGAGCAAUGAUGACUUCGAAGGCCUAGCCAAGGCUUUGAAACCUUGGGCGAAUGAUCGAGAUUUCGUGAAGUACACCAUUGACAAGUCCAUGAAGAAAAAAGAGAAGCAUCACCUUGAGCUAUACGUGAACCAUUUGAAACGCAUCCAGGAUGUAGACCGGACCUUCAAUUUCUCUCUGGCCACCAUUACCAGCGCUUUGCACACAGUCAACAAGGAGAACGGCGUGGUUGAUGAGAAAGAGGAAGAUGGAUGGUGCGCCAAUCGAGCUCUACGUCUUGCUGCUCUCUUUCGCCAUACAGCGCAGGAGGCCCUCAAUUGCAGGAAGUGGAUGCCUAAGGAGAUGUGGACUGGGGACGAAGCACGCCGUCGUCGACCAAAAGCUGACCCAGCUCCUGAGGUAAAGGAGUCAGCUGAAGCUGAACCCCAAAAAAAUCUGAGGAGGGAGGCGGAUCUCAUCCUUCCGAAGACCCCAGGUCCAGUUCCAGCGAAAGCCCCAGUGUUUCUGUUUCUGAAACUGAGCAGUGUGUUGAAAGUGAACAGGCAGAGCAUUCCAAAGCAGGAGACAACCAUGAUUCAAAAAGGAAGAGCCCAGAGCCGAGCCAAGAAACAAGUUCAAUUGUCACUGAACCCCCAGCCAAAGAGAUCAAACAGAGCAACAACUUGCCUGCAGCUCCCGAAGUACGUGUACCCAUGGACAAAAACAUCUCCAACGCCCAGUCUUUGGCUGCGCAGGGAGCGGGCGCCGAUGCCCCAGACCCGCUCGAACAAAAACCUGCAGAUCCUCUUCCUCCCCAAGCCAAGCCCGGGCUCCUCCAAGUGA